AUGUCGUGGCCUUCAAUGCCAGGGUGUCAACGACAAGCACUGAAUGACAUUGUCGGGAUAAACUCUACAAAUAGUAAUAUCAUAAGUUUUGUCAAGCAAACCGUUUUGGACUUGCUUCGAAAGAAAGUUGAAUCAAAUGUCCAUUUAAGAAAUAAAAUAGUGGACCUUCUGACCAAAAUAUUCUACAACACAUACGGUGAAAUAAACGGGAAUCAAUGGGACACUUUUUUCCAGGAUAUAAUCACUCUGUUAAACGUUCAACCGCUGCUUGAAAGUUCAACGCCGGGUGGUUACUCCCCGGUCGGUAUCGAUUAUUUCAACAGAAUUUGUCUUUUUAUCAAUUCGGAGAUAGCAGAUCAAACCUAUGUCAGGUCUAAGGCCACUCAAGUGAAAAAUAAUUAUUUGAAAGAUACGAUGAGAAUGCAAGAUAUCAGCAGCCUUGCCGUUAUAUGGAUUAACCCAUUGAAAAGUGUAAUAUCUACCACCCAGCAUUCCAGUGAACUAUCCGAAAUAGCAAUACUGACAUUAUCAUGCAUUGGAUCGUACAUACUCUGGAUUGAUGUGAACUUAAUAAUUAAUCCGGAGUGCAUAGCCGUCAUUUUCAGUUUCCUGGAUUUCUCAGGGACCAAAAUCGCAUGUUCCAAAUGUCUCGUCGAAAUAAUAUCAAAGAAGAUGAAACCACUUGAAAAUUUUGCUCUCCUGGGAUAA